AAAUGUGAAGGUUGAGCACGCGGGUGGAUUACGGAUGCUGAUUGUACACGUUUUUUUUUCAUCUGUAUUCCAUGCUUAUCUAAACCAUUGCCUGCUUGCUUUCGAAGUUUCUUAAUAGUGAAUAGUUUAUCUGUGAUCAGUGUGAUGUGUCAUAUAUACAGUAUUUCCUGUUAGAGAUGAUGCAUCGCCAGGUCACAGAACUGCGUCAGACGAAACCGUUAGCAAACUCAAACUUAUCUUUGCUUGAUGCUUCCUUGGAAACCUUAUCCUUGACAGAUACCUCAGUCAACUCCAAAGACGGAAAUUGUGAGCAAAAUAUAUAAGAUCAUCCUGUUUGAAAAGCAAAAAUUAAAACCAGAAAGGGCUGUUGGAUAAUGUUUAAAAGGCAUUGGCAUAGGAACUGAUUCAGUUUUUCUCAUAUGACAAUGGCAUCCUUUCACACUACUUUGCUUUGCAAAGAGUACACCAGCUACUGCUGCUGUGCCCGUGUGGGUCGCAGCAAACACUGCGUUUGUGGUGAGGAUGAUAUGGAUUUUUGUUGGACUUGGGAUCCUGACUCCACUCAUACAGAUACCAGUGUUCAGGAAGAUGGUCGUGAAGUGCUUUUUCACACCAACUACAGCAGAGGAACAGCUGCUAUUAGAGGAACAGAGCCAUUCCGCGAAGGACAUCAUUUCUGGGAAGUAAAGAUGACGACACCAGUAUAUGGCACUGACAUGAUGAUUGGGGUGGCAACAGAGGAAAUGGAAUUGGAUAAAUACCGAAAUUCAUUUUGCAGCUUGCUUGGUCGAGACAGACAGAGCUGGGGCUUGUCAUACUUGGGCAAUGUGCAUCACAUGGGAAGAACCCAGCCUUUCUCCGAAAAGAUAGGCCAAGGUGCCAUUGUGGGAGUCCAUCUUGAUAUGUGGCAUGGAACACUGUCCUACUACCUUAAUCGUAAGCCUCUUGGAGUUGCAUACCAUGGUCUGCGAGGGAAAGUGUUAUAUCCUGUUGUGAGCUCCACAGCAGCCCGCAGUGGUAUGAAAGUCAUCUGUACAAGAUCAUUCCCAUCUACCUUGCAGUUUCUAUGCUGUAUGAUGUUGAGGAGACAGGUCCAUCACAACAAGUGUGUACUAGAUGUGAUCAAGGUUCCACCUGGCUUGAGCACCUUCUUGCACAAUAACUUGAGCUGGCUUCUUCGCUCACAGCCUUGUACCCCUCUGCUACCUCCUAAGCUCCCUUCCUGCAUCUCUGUGGACAGAGCAACUCAGGCACAAGAAGAUGACUUCAAAAUCAAUGCAGAGUCAGUUAAAAGUGAUAAGUCAGAGCAAGCAGAAAAAGAAAGCAGGCAUAUGAAACAAGAUGAAUCUACCUCAGGCAGUGAGGAGUCGCAACAUUCAGAUGACAAGGACGAGUCCAGUACAAGCCGUGGCUUGAAAUGUUCCAGCAUGGACAAACUUUUACAGAAGAUCCACACACAAACAUUCAAGAGGAGGAAAAGGAGACGGUCACAUCAGGAGUCAUCCGCUUCACAGACCGAAUCUUCAAAUUCAGCUGCAAAAGUAGCUGUCAAGAAAAGUAAAAUGAACCGGAAGGAGAGUUUAGCAUGUGGCAGUGAGCACAAGCAUGCUGCAGAUCAACUCAGCAGAACAACUAUCAGACCAACAGUUUCAUCUAGUGGUCAACCGAGCUGCUCUGAUGUGAACACAAGUGUACAUGGUGAACCUAGGAUUUCUUGGACUGCUAUGCAUGAUAUAUCUGCAGAUAGACAGGAUUUGGACCGCCUCGGACAGACGCCAGGAGAGACCGCUCAGAGAAUCCCUGUAUUUCCGAGCAAUGAAGAUUUAACAGAAAUGAACUCGGCGUCAGCUGUUGUUGAUGGAAUGUUUAAAGCAUUCAGUGAAUUUAUGGACUCGCAGAGUGGUUGUUCUUCAGAAAGUGACUAUGCUGCCAACAGGGAUGACUCUUCUACUGAAACAGAAGAAAGUUCUGACACGUGGUCUCCAUGUAAAAAACGACAUUUGAUGUGAUAAUACGGACUUAAAAUAUUUUCCUGUAUCGUAUAAAUCUAUUAGUAUUAAAGCAUUAAAAGAGCAAGAAGUUUUGCUACUAUUAAACAGCUUUGUAAACUGAUAAACACAUUUAAACAGUUGAACAUUUUCACAUCUUCUUUUUGUUGUUUCCCACUCUCCAACUUUAAUACAUUUCUGUACUAAGUAAUAGUAGCUCGUAUGGUGUUUUAUGAAUUAAAUUUGACAGCAGAAAAGAUAUUUGACGUGGGCUCUUGGGACUGUUAUAGGCUGGUAUGUGGGGUUGAUUUCUCUGCUGCUAAACAUAAAUUUAGCAUUUUAGGAAAGCAUUUGUUCUGUUAUUUUUGUUUUUUUUUUUAAUUGGUGAAAGUGCUAGGCACUCACUACUAAUUUAGUGAAGUCUGUAUCACCAUUGUUUAAACUGUUGAUAGCAGUCUUCAUCAAAAUCAGUGAAGCGUGUACACUCGUUUCAAAGAAGUAUUUGGCAAGUCUACAUUUUAUAUUAUAAUACUUAAACACAGUUAAUGAAACUAUAAUAUUAAAAAAGACUGCAUCACAAGGAUUGUAAAUUUGGUUUCAUUAAGAAGACAAGAAAGCCCCAAAUAACUUUUUAAAAAUUGGUGUAUGCUACUUUAUGUGGAUAUGCAUAAUAACUGUGACUCAACAAAUUUACUGAAAAGUAUAAACCUUACAGUGAACACAAUGUCUGAGAAGAAUAAUUUAUAACCUGUGUAAUAGGGUGACCGCUGCACAACAAUUUGAAUCAUGAUUUUGUGAAUACACACCAAUCUUUAAGAUUAAAAGGGGCAAAGGUAUUUUAUGAAUUUUGAAAAUAGGGUGAGGUUUUUUUUUUUUAAAGAAAAAUGAAGAAAAUAGCUUUAUGGGUACUAUUUAGUCAGAAAUUUUAUAAGCAAGUCACUUUUAUCUUUUGGUAGCCUCAUUUCUUUUAAAUUCUUUAUUGGCCUUGCAGUGUAAACUGGAUAUUGUUAUUUUUGCUUAUCUGUCAUACCUGUGGCCAUAUGAUUGGCCCUCAUUUUGUAUGCAUAUACUUGGUUUAAAUAAUGGUACAAUUUUAUAAUAUAAAGAUAAGGAACAUUGAUUUGGCCUAUUAAGUUUAUAAUAAAAACUGCUGUUGAACAAUAAUGUUGGUUCUGACUGGAAAAAGCCAAGACCCAUAAAACAUGUCAUCACAUCAAGGGUACCAAAUAAAUGCUGACAAGAUGCAGCUACUUCUGUGCAGUUCUGUACAAUGAAUAUUGAUAUUUUUGGUUUAUUUCUUCCAUACCUGUAGCCACAUGAUUGGCAUUCAUUUUGUAUGUAUGAAGUGGAUUGAAAUAAGAGCAUAAAGAUCAUAUAAUUGAUCUGGCUUAUUUAUUAUAUUUAUGUUUAUUAUGAACACUGUUGUCAAACAGUAGUGUUGAUUUUGACUGAAAAGUCAGGACCUAUAAAAUAUGUUAUUACUUGAAGGGUACCACAUGUACACUGAGAAGAUGCAGGUACUUGUGUCUGGCCUGCUUUGGAGCUACAGCAGCUUUACCACCUCAUGAAUGUUGUAAACUUAUUAAAGGAGUGGAUGAUAAUGAACAAAUCGCAGCUGAACAGAUAUAUAACUGAGGUUCUUCUAAGAGUAUUCUUAAAGCUACCCCAACUUUCAUCACUUUCAUUUUCUGGUGUGAGCAUUCUAGUCUCCCAUCCCAUGGACACACCACUUUUUCUAGACAUUUACAGCAGUGCAGUCUGUAAGUAAAUGUUCUUGAGCUUAACAGAAUUCACCAUGUGAAACCAAGCUGCCUCCCUUGUCUAAGGUAACGCAAGUAUGUGGCACAGCAACUCUAUGAGCUGAACCGGUUGCCUGUCUUUACCCACUUUGACUACAAGGUGAGCUUAAUCUGCUACGUGCUUGUCUUAUGGAUAUCUGAGUUUUUAACUCCUUAUCAGCUCUAUUGAGAUCUCCACUCUGCUCAUGCUGACCUUAUGAUAUCUUCAUUCUAGCACAUUUCCUGGAAAACUUUGAAAGCAUUCUUGAAAUCAAAUCUGUGGUUAGGUUUUUUUUAUGCUACCCACUUUUUUUUAAAGACAAAUGUAUUUUAGGCUAUUAAACACCUCAAUUUCCCCAUAAAUCCUGCUGGUAGAAUUUUCUUAAAAGAUGUAUCUUGUAAAACUUAUCUUUUGAAUGCAACAGUUUGUUUUCACUUGGCCUUAAUAUUUCUCAAUGGGAAGGAAAAUCUAAAUUAUUCUUUGCUCACCCACAGUUUGCCAUCAAAUGUUGGGCAUACCACUUAAUUGGCAUUUAAUGGUGUUAUGACAUGGAGUGGUCUAAAUAGGGAAAUUGACCAGUUUCUUUUUAUGAACCAUAACUUCGAACGCCUAUAAGAUUCAUGUUUUGUUAAAUAUUGAACGUGUGUAUUGACUAAUAAAUUGUAUAAUUGCCUUAAGAAACAUGUAAGCUCUAUAUGUGACUCCUUUAUUCCUCUCCCUCUUGUGAAACACUGGGAUAUCUGAGUCUGUGUCAUGCACACAUUAUUUUUGGUAUGUGCCUUCCCUAUCUCAGAACGAAUUUAAACAAUGUGCUCCAUUCCACCAUGUUUGCAAGUUCUUUAGUGCAUCUUGCAGUCAUGCUAAAGACAAAAGAAGAGUAUCUUCUCUUGUACAUGAAAUUUAAACAGUUUGUGAUCUUUACUUGUGCUAUUCCAUCUUUCUCCAUGAUAAAAUUUUGAAUCUUAAUAGACUUUACACUUGUUUUCACAAGUUAUACUCUUUUAUUUACUUCAUCACCAUCUUUCAUAAUGCUGCUUACUAUUCCACUUCCUCCUCAGUUCAUUUUCAUCCAUGCACUUAGUUCAUAGCUCAUCUGUUUGCUGUCUUUCAAUUAUUUUGUAAAGAGGAGCAAAAUGCAUGUAAAAUGAAAUUCAAAUAGCCUUAAAUAGUAGAAAUCAAAAGGUGAAUGUAGUACACUUCAAAAGAAAAUUUUAUACACUUAAUUUGGCACUUUUUGAAUAAUCAAUUCUUUAAAUAGGAUACUAGUAAAGAAACUUUUUAGCUUUUAAGCUUGUUUCUUUUCAACUGUGAACUGCUGAUCUACCACGAGUAGAAUGACAUGAAGUUAUCAACCUAUCUUUUUAUAUCCGAUGAGGAAAGUAUACAAACUUGAUUUCCUGUUUGGUAGAAUCUGCUUUGAGUUCCAGAAAAACAACAUUUUUUUGCCAAUUUUCUUAACUGCUACUAAUCCAUGUGUACUUUCUGUGCUGUUUGUUUUUGUUCUUCGUGAGAGCGUCAAGUUUAAGGCUUUGCUGCAAAAGGCUUAACGAUAGUUGUGGUACAUGAAGAGACAACAGAUAGUCUCUUUUAAAAUGUACCUGUUUAACAUGAUUUUAGCAAAAAGUAGUCAUAGAACACAAUCCAUGAGGUUUCAAUAUGAAAUUUCAAGGACCAUUUGACGACUUUUAGCAGGUUUUUGACAAUGUUGUGAGCAUCCUGUCGCAAGGGGUAAGGGAGUCAUCUAAUUAUAUUUUAGAACAAGAUUUUUAUAUUAUCGUGAUGUCAUUUGGUCGUAUUUAUACUUGCGGCAUGUUGCAUGCAUACAUUUUAUAGAAAUAGUAAUUUAUACUAUGACAUUUCUGUUUUGUUUUGCCUUGUAAUAUUGUGAUGUAUGAUCAUCUUGGUAGAUUAUAUGUAGAUAGACUAGUAAUGAUAUACAUGUAUGUAAUAUUCUUAAUAUCCACGUUUAUGUGCAGCAUCUAUGUUGAUACAUGAUGUACAUCUGAAGCACAAGCGAGGUUGUAUGCAGGUUUAACUAAGUUGGGAAGCAGAUAGCCAGCUCGCUAGAACACUGGUGUUUGAACCCUAAGGCAUGCCUUUUUCACACCCAUGUAAAGCAACAGUUAACCCAGCUGCUGUGAAUGGCUACCUGACUCCAUAGAGGGUUGGGGAAGGGGAGAGGAGACAGGCACCACCCUCACAAAAUAGUUGGCUAGGAGAAAAGUAUAGUCUUUGACACCACACUACCCAAAACCUUGAAAAGCAUUAGGAGACGACGAUUAACUUUUUUUUUUUGUUGGUAUGUUUAAGGUGUUGGUUUGUAUAUUUAACCAUUUUAUGCCAUGAUUUUGUAAAGACCACAAAUUAUCAUGAAAAUACACGUCAGCUUUAUUUUUCAGGACUGAUAGACCUUAUUUAUGAAUCCUUCAGUUUUAUGAUUACUCAUUUUCAUUGACAUGGCACAUUUGUUUUGAAAUGUGUAACCAUGCAGGCACAAGCACAGAGCCAAUGUUCUAUUUGAAUUUACUUUUGUGUUCUAAAUCUUUUUAUGAUUGCUGUAAUUCAUAUACUUGCCUCCCUAUGGACCCAUAGUCAAUAUUUUAUCUUUUUUUGUAUAAAUGAUUGAGUACCUGUGUCUGUUGCCAUUUCAGUAUAGGUUCUUUGUUUAUUGCUGUGUAGCUGUAGAUUCUUUGUUUAUUGUCCUGUCACUGUAGGUUCUUUGCAUUUGUCAGGUGAGGAAGACCUUUACAUGUUUGAGCUUCCAUUAUUUAGCCUCUAUAACUCUCUGUUGUAAAAGGCUAUAUAUUGUCAGGUCUGUAUCAAUGAACUCUUAAAUGUUUACACUGUGACUGGAAGUGUAAAUGUAAGAAAGUGUUUAUACUUAUUCAUGCAAUGAACUCUUACCAGUGUCUUUAUGAACCAAACUGCUUGUUGCCUACUCCUGAAAUGAUUAUCCUCUCUUGCAUUUAGAUUCUGAUUCACAUGAGGAUCAGCUUCUUCCAUGGGAUUUUCAGUGUCUGUUUCCAAAAUGUAUGAAAGCUUAAGCUGUAUGGUUAAUGUGUAUCUAACAUUCUGGAAAUUCAUGAAGUAGUAAUAAAGUCAAGAAACAAAA